AUGUGGCAAGUGCGCGCACCGGAUCAUGACGGUAGCCCGUACAGGGUUGAGGUGUCCGUGAAUGGAACUUCACUCAUUAUGGAAAUUGACACGGGAGCAAGUGUGUCUCUCGUGUCGGAAGAGACCUUUCGCCGCAUAUUUCCGUCGCGUCGUCUGGAACCGUCAAGCGUCAUGCUGAAAAGUUACACCGGUGAGCUGUCCCCGGUGCAAGGCAGCCUGCCUGCGACUGUACGACUGGGAAACCAUGAGUGCCGGGACGUGUUGUACGUCGUCCCAGGGCGCUGCCCGUCCCUUAUGGGGCGUGGCUGGAUAAAAGGCCACAGAAUCGAGCUGCGCAAUAUGAUGGACGUUAAGGCUAUCACGUCGGUUGAGGGACUGGUCGCUGAGUAUGCGAGUGUUUUCGACGACGCCUUGGGAACAUUCAAGGGAGUGUCCGCGAAAAUAACCAUCGAAUACAACCCGAAGCCGCGGUUCUUCAAGGCUCGUCCUGUUCCGUUCGCAAUGAUCGACCGCGUCAACGAGGAACUGAUGCGCAUGGAACGAGUUGGAGUGCUGCGUCCAGUCAAGACUUCGGAAUGGGCUGCGCCUAUCGUGCCUAUCUUGAAGCGAAGUGGCCAGAUUCGGAUAUGUGGCGACUUCAAAGUCACUGUUAAUCCCGUGACAGUGCCUGAAAAAUACCCGUUACCACGCGUCGAAGACCUGUUUAGCCGUCUUAGCGGUGGCGAGAAGUUCAGCAAAUUGGACUUGAAGGAUGCGUAUCUGCAAGUUGAACUGGACGAGGCAUCCCACAAGCUGGUAGAGGCCGUGCUGAAGGCGCCUAGACCCGAAGAUGUCAAGGCAUUACAGAGUUACCUAGGCCUAGUCAACUUCUACCGCAGGUUUCUGCCGGGGCUGUCUAGUGUGUUGCAUCCUUUGAACGAGCUGCUUGUGGCCAAUGUGUCGUGGGAGUGGCGUGAGGACCACGAACGUGCUUUCCAAAGGAGCAAGGAGCUACUUGUUUCAGCAGCAGUGCUGGCGCAUUAUGACCCCAAGAAACCCGUGGUUCUCGUAUGCGAUGCGUCACCGUACGGCGUUGGCGCCGUUCUGGCCCAUAGAGAAGACUCGGGGGCUGAACGACCAAUCGCAUUUGCGUCACGAAGUCUCGCACCAACCGAGCGAAAUUACAGUCAUAUCGACAAGGAGGUUCUUGCGCUCAUGUUUGGCGUAACCAAGUUCCGACAAUACCUCUGGGGACGCGAGUUCGAGGCUAUUACGGACCAUAAACCAUUACUGGGCUUGCUUUCUCCGGACAAGCGCGUACCUGAGAUGUGUUCACCGCGUAUCAUGCGUUGGGCUCUGAUGUUUGGUGCGUAUAACUACAAGCUCACGUACCGGCCGGGAGCAAGCAUUGCCAACGCGGAUGGUUUGAGUCGCCUACCACUACCAGUGUACACUCACCCUGUGGAAAGGCCAGCGGAAGUUUUCAUGCUGGAGGCUGCUUAUCCUCGGGUGCUACGGUCAACUGUAGUCGCGGAAGCUACUUCCAAGGACCCAACCUUAGCGAAGCUACGAGAUGCCUUAUGGUCUGGAGCUCAGCUACGCGAUCCCGAGUUCAGGUUCUACGCAGAUCGAAAAAUUCAGAUGAGCUUGCAAGAAGACUGUAUACUUCUCGGAUCGCGAGUGGUCAUCCCAAGUGCAUUACAGCAAGAAGUGUUGCGACUCCUUCAUGAGGGGCACCCUGGAAUGACCAAGAUGAAGGCUAUCGCCAGGAGUCACGUCUGGUGGUCUUCGUUGGACGAGGACAUUACCGCUGCAGUUCGCCAGUGUCAGGUCUGCCAAGAACACCAGAGGGUUGCGCGGCGGUAG